GCUGCUUCGCCUCGGUCUUCCUCGUCCCUGCAUUUCGCCUCGAUCCCUCCCUCGAUCCCUCCUUCGAUCUCUCCCUCGAUCUUCCCCUCGAUCCAUCCUCGGUCCCUCUCCCCUGUCCAGGACGAUGCUGCACCGCUCGCUCUCCCAGGCACUUCUGCCGCUGCUCCUCGGUUCCGGCGUCCAUGCCCUCGGCGUCUCGUUCAUUUCUCCCAAUGCCAGCAGCGUCUGGAGCACCACCAACAACACCGUCACCAUCAACGUCACUUCCGAUGGCCCUUUCAACAACACCAACUGGUUCGACAUCAGGGCAUAUGCCCGCGGCGGCGGCUCAAGCUAUGUCACCGGCAACACCCUCUCGCCCGGCGUUCGGUCGUUUCAAUACAACAGCCUACCGGAUACCCAGCUCACCGCUGGCCCAAUUUACCUGCAGUUCUGCCAGGACAAGACAUGCGUCAACACCGACGACUUCCAGUACACGUACAAGCCUCCGUCGCCGACUCCCGAUCCCCAGAGCAGCAUCGGUAGCCCCGCCAGUGUGCCCUCGGGUGGCGGCCUCUCUGGAACGAUGAUCGCCAUCAUCUUCGCUUCCUGCGUCGCGGUGGCCCUAGGCAUCGCCGGAUUCAUCUACUUCCGCAAGGGCAGCGAUGAUGUGAUUCCCCUCAAGCGCUAUCGAUCCAGCAGCUCUGCCAACCGCGAGUCCACUCGCCUCGAAUACCCCGUCGCCGACAUGGCCCCGGCCGUCCCUUAUCGGACCCCGACUUCGGGGCCGGCCCCUGCCUCGUCCUCAGCCUCAGUAAAGUCCAGCACCACGGUCCGAUAUGGGCAGCCAAGCUCACAGCGUACAGGGGCCCUCCGGGGCGACCUCUCUGAACCUUCCGAUCCGAUACUGCUUUCCCCAACCACCCUGCGUCCCGUCCAAGUCCAGAGCAACACCCCGAGUCCCCAGGCGCCUACUCCAUCUCUCCCAAGCUCCUCGAACCCACGGUCCUACAGCGACGUCCGCCGAAACCGUGCUCCCUCGAGUGUAUAUUCGGCCUCUCCGGCAAUGAGCACCCGUCGCUCGCCCCAGGAUACUAGCGGAGCCCCUCGAAAACCGCCCUCCUCGCAAGCGAGCCGAUAACGAGACAGCCACUCCAGGGCAUGUGUCCUCAGCAUUGGCGCGCCUUGAUAUCACCCGGACCAUUCUAUUUUUUGGACCAGUACUCCUAUGUUUGUGGCUGGCUCGUACCGGUACAGCGGCGAUCCUGUGUGGGGCCUAUGAUCCCCAUGGGAUCGAAUUGUCCCGCCGAUCGCACUCAAAGAGUUCGGGUGCGACCCUCUAUGACCGCCUAAGCAACCAGCGCUUCGAAUCCACGCU